AAAAAUGCCUCCAACAGCUUUCCAUGAAUCGCAAAGAACCUACGAACAAAUAGAAAGAGCUGCAAAGGAUACAUUGGAUAAAAUUUGCGAGUUUGACAUUAAAUUAUGUUCUUGGGAAACAUUACUGAACAAGUAUUGUGUUUUAAAUAAGAAUUUGGAGACUAUACAGUCAUUGAUCAAGAAGGAUGAUUCAAAUUUUAGGAUGGCUUUAUUAUAUCCGAAGGAUGAAAAUGUAGAUAAUCUUGUUAGAAUAACAAAUAUUUUGAGUGUGUAUACAAAUGAUCUUCAAAAAACAAAGGAGACAAAAGAACUCCCUCAAAUAACUAGUAAUAAUCAACUUGCAUAUUCAUUAUUAAAUCCUUCCGAACAAAUAGAAAAACGAUCUAAUCAUGAUGAUAUCAUUUCAUCAUGUUCUGCAUUUAUUAAAGAGAAUUGGAAAUUUACACAAAGUAAUACUCCAUUGCCGAAUGGUAGCGCUGGUAAUAAGAAGGCAAAUACUCAACAACGUCCUUAUUCAAAACUUGGAGAAUGUAAGGAGUUAUUGACUGCUGACCAACAAAGAUUUGAUGUAUCUAUAAGAAAGCAAGCAAAAAUGAGGAAUAAUACUCUGUUAUUUUCAAUGCAAAGGGGAACUAGACUUCAAAAUGAUGACAAAACAGAUAUUGCUCAUCUCAAAGACGCUGAAAAGAAGAGUUUUGCCAUUAUGCACGUUUCAAAGAAACCUGAACGAAAGGAAGAACCAUUCAAAGUUAAUUUACCUGUUCUUACUGCCAAUAACAAUAAUCCACCAACACAAAUGCCUCAACCUCCUCCAUCAGGAAAGAUCAAAAUCUCAACAGUUCAUAAUCCAUCUAUUCCAGUUAAAAAAGAAGUUGAAACACCUGGUCAAGAAUCCAAAAGAGCUACCCAAAAGAAGACCACGCCAGUCACAAGUAGACAACCUGUCAAAAAAUCACCAAGUGUUACAGCUCCAUCUCCAACAGUUAAAACACCAUCACCUUCGACAACAGCCAAUCCCUCAUUCAUUCCUCCUCAAGGUAUUACACCUCCAAUAACACCUCAAACUCCAACAGCAGCUGCUGCUCGUGCUAGGCAAACACCUCAAUCUGCAACCACUACACCAAAGAAUAUUCAAUCUCGUCCUCCAGCCAUGUCUGUAAACAAUAUGGGAACAACUGCAAGUCCUACUCCUGGAAGUAAUGGUAGACCACAAGCAUCACCUAAUGCUAAUUUACAAAAUCAAUUAUUUAACAUGCAACAACAAAUGUUAAGAGCUGGAGCAACUCCUGGCUCCUUCCCAAUUUCUCCAAUGGUUUUCAGACCUCAAAUGAAUGUUGCCAACAUGACAAGAGGUAAUCCAACACCAUCAGGUUAUCCAAAUGUAAGAUUUACAGGUAAUCCAACCCAAUUUGCUGGUCCUCCUUAUUUCCAACUCCUCCAACCAGGUCAACAACAACCUCAACAACAACAACAACCUCCUCAACAACAACAACAGAAGAAAUAAAUCAAUUGUACAUUCAUUUG